AUGGCUCUGAGGUCUGACAAGAUGUCGUGGAAAAUCGCGAAGAAGUUGAAGGACACCCAUCUGGCCCCUCUUGCUAACUCAUUUGGCCGAUCCUCCUCUACUUCUACAAUCAAGCCUGAUUCUGCGGAUGACAAUGCUUCUCUCACACCGACAGUGUCAGCCACUGCCAAUCCCACAACCCCAAAUAAUGGCAUUGUUGCUUCCGAAGCCUUAGUUUCACCCCCAGCCACUCCAGUGAACCCCGGAAUCUUGAUCGUUACUCUUCAUGAAGGCCGAGGUCUCUCAUUAUCCAACCACUACCAGAACCUUUUCAAUCAACACUUCCAAAAUAACUACAGUGGACCAAUUAGACCCAACUCAUCCUCUUCUCACACAGGCCAUACGCCAGUUGCCAGCUCUUAUGCUCAAACCGGUCGACCGCAAUCCACUAGUGGCGGUAUUAACGCUGCCCCGACGAUCCACGGGCGCUACUCGACUAAAUAUCUGCCAUAUGUACUUCUCGACUUUGAUAAGCUACAAGUUUUUGUCGACGCCGUUUCUGGAACACCGGAAAAUCCAUUAUGGGCUGGGGAUAACACUUCGUUUAAAUUCGAUGUGUCUCGAGUAACCGAGUUGAAUGUCCAGGUGUACCUGCGGAACCCUGCUGCUCGACCCGGUGCUGGUCGAAGUGAGGACAUAUUCUUGGGCAUUUGUCGAAUUCGUCCCCGUUUCGAAGAGGCCCCUAAGUUUGUCGAAGACCCCAAGGCUAGCAAAAAAGACCGAGAAAAGGCAGCAGCAGCUUUUGCUCAACAGGAACGUCAACGCGGCCAAGUUGGCGCAGAAUGGAUAGAUUUGCAAUUCGGCACUGGUGCCAUCAAAGUCGGGGUCUCCUUCGUGGAGAAUAGGCAACGGAGCCUCAAGAUGGAUGAUUUUGAUUUGCUCAAGGUCGUUGGCAAGGGUAGUUUCGGGAAGGUGAUGCAAGUCAUGAAACGCGAUACCGGCCGAAUCUAUGCCAUGAAAACCAUCCGCAAAGCCCACAUUAUCUCACGUUCAGAGGUAGAGCACACACUGGCAGAAAGAUCUGUCCUUUCGCAAAUCAACAACCCUUUCAUUGUCCCACUUAAGUUUUCAUUCCAGUCACCCGAGAAGCUUUACCUCGUUCUAGCCUUCGUGAACGGGGGGGAACUAUUCCAUCAUCUUCAAAAAGAACAACGAUUUGACAUCAACAGGGCCAGAUUCUAUACUGCGGAGCUUCUGUGUGCCUUGGAGUGCUUGCACGGUUUUAAAGUUAUCUAUCGUGACCUUAAGCCGGAAAAUAUCUUGCUGGACUACACUGGCCACAUUGCUUUGUGCGAUUUCGGUCUUUGUAAACUCGGCAUGAAAGAUGAGGAUCGGACUAAUACGUUCUGUGGGACUCCCGAAUACCUUGCUCCAGAGCUCCUUCUUGCGAACGGUUAUACGAAAUCCGUUGAUUGGUGGACUUUGGGGGUUCUUCUUUAUGAGAUGCUGACAGGCUUGCCACCGUUCUAUGACGAAGAAACCAAUGAGAUGUACCGCAAGAUUUUGCAAGAACCUCUUACUUUCCCGAGUUCCGAUAUCGUUCCUCCCGCUGCUAGAGACCUCUUAACUCGACUUCUCGAUCGCGAUCCGCAUCGCCGUUUGGGGGCCAAUGGUGCUGCUGAAAUUAAAGCGCAUCACUUCUUUGCAAAUAUUGAUUGGCGCAAAUUGCUUCAACGCAAGUAUGAGCCUAGCUUCCGCCCAAAUGUGGUUGAUGCUCUCGAUACCGCAAAUUUCGAUAGCGAGUUCACAUCCGAGGCCCCGACCGAUUCGUAUGUCGAAGGCCCCCUCCUUUCCCAGACCCUUCAGAAACAAUUUGAGGGCUGGUCCUACAACCGUCCAGUUCCCGGCCUCGGUGAUGCCGGGGGCAGCGUGAGGGACCCAGCAUUCGGCAGCAUUACCGAGUAG